AUGUCGACGGAAAUUCACAAUGAUGAUGAUCUUACUGAUCCACGUAAUGGUACUGACGUUGAAUUACGUGAAUUAGUCUAUCAGUCACUUGAACGUGAAGGUUUAAUUUCACUUUUAAAAGCUCAAUUGCGCGCUGCUGUCUUCAAAACAAUUGAAAGAGCAUCAAGUCAUUCGGAUAUACCAAAUAAACCUGGUUAUGAUGGCACAAAUGGGCGCAUCUGUCGUGCACUUGUUCUUGAUUGGCUCAAACAGUCACAUUUAUUUUAUACACAAGAUAUACUCGAAGUUGAAACAUCAGGUCCGGGUCAUCCAGUACCAUUGACUUAUUCAGAAUUAUUCGAGCACUUACAUCUUGAGUCAAAAUCGAAUUCAUCUGAGCCAAUUCUACAUGCUCUACUCAAUCACAGCAGCAACAACAACAAUAAUAAUAAUAUUCGACCUUCAACGAUUAAUACUCUACCUGAAUAUAUCCAGCAGUCUAUUGAUACGAAAUUUCCCAUUGAAAAAAUAAAUGAUAUCAAUCGUGUACGAGAACAUUUUUGUUCAGUUUUUUCAUCAACCUUUGACAAAAGUGUACUCGACGCAUAUCUCCAUAAAAGUCUAUCAUCAUCAGCAACAUCAAUUGCUAAAAGUGAAUACGAACAAAUUUGCCUGAAAUGGUUGCAAGCGUGUGCAAAAGCACUUAUACCAUCACCAAGUCCUGUGAAACAAGCAUCUUCUAUCGUAAUAACACAAGCGUUAGCAUCAAAAACUAUUGUGAAUAAUGGUCAACCAGUAACGCGAGCUCGUCGUGCGACAUCUCCACCAUCGGAAUCAACUUCUUCGUCAUCUAGUUCAACUUCCGAUAAUCAUCGAAAAGGUGCUUAUGAUUUUCAACUACCAACAAUAAUGCCUACCAAGAAAAGUACAGAUGCUAUUCCGCCACCAUUACUCAAUUUUAGUAAUAACGAUGAUGAUGACACAACAUCAUCAAUAUUUUCUCUGCGUAAUGCUACACCAGCUGCAUUAGAUCGUUUGAAAAAUAUUGACGAUAUUAUUCGCGGUGACGAAACACCUCGUACAAGAACAAACGUACAAAAAGCGACUAAUAAAGAUAUUGCUGUUGAAUAUGACGAUGAAAGUAUGAGUCAAAGUCAAAGAAGUAGCGUUGACGAUAUAACUGUGGACAAAGCGUCACCAUCUCCAUCGAUUCAUAUCGAUUAUUUGGAAGAUGUAUAA